AUGACAGCCGCCGUCUCUCCUUCAGAUCAGGAAAAUCGGGCAAACGAUCGGGCGGGGGAGAAGCGCAAGACGGCCACCGUCACGACGACUACCACCGAGACCCAACGCAAUAUCGUGUCGCAGGAGGCCGCUAUUCGAAGAACGUUAAGGAGCCCACUGAAGCCGACAGAGAGCAAUUCCAUUGGACGACAGAGCCGCCUGUCAAACUCUCAGCCUUCAAAAUCAGAUAGCCCCUACGGCAGGAAAGUGACUCCCGCUGUAGUGUCUUCAUCAUGGAGUCCGCAGGCCACAUUACUUCCGCCGUCCACGGCUCCAUUGGCUUCCCGCAUCUCCGUGCCCCCUCUGGCCUCUCACGUCCCGGAGGCUCUCCGACCCAAGCCUCUGAACUCUUUAUCUCUAGCCGAGCAAGAAACAGCCAUCAUCGAGGAUCUACUUUUCGUCUUCAUGGGCUUCGAAGGCAACUAUAUCCGCUACACCGACACAUAUCAACCUCUGGAUGAGAAGAGCCGACUAUCGGGGCCUGACUUUCGCAUCGAGAAUGGCCUGGAUCCCAGCCUGCGUGAUCUGGCGCAUAGUAUGCUCAAGACCGCAACUCACUACUGCGCCGUUGAAGCGUUUGUGGAGGUGCAGUCGCGGGAGGACUUUGGCAGCGUGAACCAUGCGCUCUGUGCGGCGAUGAGGAAACUGUUGAAAGACUAUCUCAUUCUGAUUGCGCAGCUCGAACACCAGCUACUGACGAAUUCUGAUUUCACUCUUCAUCAACUGAGUUUGCAUACGAAGCAGACGUCGCACAUGAUGCUACAGCUUUAUACCGUCGCCAACGAGGUACUGAGAGAGAAUAGCAUGCUCGACAACCCCGACGACUCCUUGGAAGCCGACGACGAAUUCGAGAACAUUCUGGAAUCUCUGCGAGAAGGCCGAGAUACAGCGCUGCCAGGCGCAAAGAAGGUCUGUAAAGGAGGUUCCAUACUUCGACUGAUCGGCAAACGACUGUCAACCAUGUCGGGCGAUCCUGCGGCUCGUCAGCUGCUCACGACUCUGCUUCGAGAAGCGAGCCGGCCGUACAUGGCUAUGCUCAACGAAUGGCUGCACCAUGGCAAUGUGCGGGACCCCCAUGGCGAAUUCUUGAUCAAGGAGCAGAAGUCUAUCCGAAGGGAAGGGCUGGAGCAGGACUACACCGACGAGUACUGGGAAAAGCGGUACACCAUUCGUCCCGACCUGAUGCCGUCACAAUUGGAGGGGGUGAAGGAAAAGGUGCUGCUGGCUGGAAAGUAUCUGAAUGUGGUGCGCGAAUGCGGCGGAAUCGCGAACCCCAACCGCGACCUCGACGCCAGCACGGAUGUUCCCCACACCUUCGAUGAUCCUCGGUUUUUGGAGAACGUGAGCGGCGCAUACGCUUUUGCGAAUCGAAGCUUGAUGAGCCUGCUCUUGACGACACACGCGCUGCCCGCUCGGCUGAAGAGUCUGAAGCACUACUUCUUCCUCGAUCGCUCCGACUUCUUCUCUUACUUCUUGGAGCUCACUCAUUCCGAGCUCAAGAAACCGGCAAAGAAUGUGAACGUGUCGAAGCUACAAAGCCUGCUCGAUAUUGUACUUCGACAGCCGGGCUCCGUGGCGGCGGAAGAUCCAUUCAAAGAAGAUGUCAAAGUCGUGAUGAACGAUGUCGGACUGACGGGCUGGCUGAUGCGAGUGGUGAACGUGCAAGGCAUGGACGCAGACGCCACCACCCUUUCCACCUACACACCGGCGCCGGUGAGCACUAGUGGAGACAGCGAGAAAGACAUCUCAGGCUACGAGGCUUUGACUCUGGACUACGCCGUUCCAUUCCCGCUCUCUCUCGUCGUGAGCCGCGUCACCCUCACGCGGUAUCAACUCCUCUUUCGGUAUCUUCUGUCAUUGAGACAUCUCGAGACGCUGUUGACGAGUGCGUGGACAGAGCACAACAAAGUGCCCGUGUGGACGAGGAGAAACAAAACCAAAGACGCGCACGCGAAGAAAGUGGAGGACUGGAAGCGAAGAGCAUGGUGCUUGCGAAGUCGGAUGCUCUGCUUCGUCCAGCAAUUGCUGUAUUUCUGUACGAGCGAGGUCAUCGAGCCAAACUGGGUCGCCUUUAUGAGCCGAUUGAACCAAGAAGAAGAGGGUGAGAAGACGCAAGCUGAGGGCCAGUCGCAAGAAUCUGGGGCAGGCGUCAAACGAACCGUGGACGAGCUGAUGCAGGACCAUGUCGACUUCUUGGCGACGUGUCUGAAAGAAUGCAUGCUAACCAACUCCAAGCUCUUGAGAAUCAACUCCAAAGUAAUGGCAACCUGCACAAUGUUCGCCAACUACACCUCCUCCCUCAGCCGCUACCUCGCCGCCGCCGACCCAGAAUCUCCCAAACCCUCCUCCUCCAUCCAACACGACCCGGCAAAACUCGACAAGCUCUUCUCCAUCCUGCAGCAAUACGAAGACCACUUUUCCCGGCAUUUGAAGAUUCUGCUGGACGCGCUGAAUUAUUUGGCCGCGACGGAGACGGUGGUGUUUUUGGGGUUGUGUGCGAGGUUGAGUAUGGCUAAUGAAGGCGGGCCGAGGGCUGGGGGUGGUGUGGUUGGGUUGGGUGAGAGUGCGAGGUGA